AUGACCAGCAAACCGGAACCAGACAAAUUGGGAAGGAACAUGAAAGCGCUGCCCUCGAACUGCCAGAAGCUGGCCGACGGCAUCCAGCAGUCGUGGAACAGAGCGAUACCGGAAAAUGACUACAUUCAGCUGGGCACGCUUCGCUAUGGAGUGCGCCUGUCCAAUACCGGGCUGCUGGAGGGCGCCAAGGCGGGCCAUGACGAUCCAGUGGUGGAAGGCACCAACGUGCGCGGGUCGAUUAACUCGUAUGAGAUUGCGAACGGAGGCAGCAGUGUGCACAGUGUGGGCGGCACGAGCAGCAUCAGCAGCGGCGACCAGCAGAACUGUUGCUGCAUCGGUUCGGGCGGCGUCGAAAUGCCUUGGACAAACACUUACUCACGUACCAAACUGCCAGUUCCUAGUAGCUUAGCUAAGAAUAGAAAAUCUUCUCCGACCGCAUCGACACCCGGGACGCCAACGACGCCGACGGCAGCGGCGACGGUGGGAGUGGACCGACAGCAGCAGCAGCAGCAACAGAUGAGGUAUCCUCCGUUGGCGCCCGGACGCAGCAGCAACGGCAACUGUCAGCUCAGUCAGUCCACGCUAACGCACGGUCACGGAAGCGACGACGACCGUGGCACGGUUUCGGGUCUCGUCGGUCUCGGCUACUCCAACGGCAGCGUGCACAAAGCCACCAUCACAAGCAACGGUAGCAAAAGCAACCGUCAUAACAACAAUAACAACAACAACAACAACAGUCACAGCUAUCACAACAGCAACACUUCUUCCGGUGCCAGCGCCAACGGCGGGCGAGGGCUUGUUGAUCAUCAGCAGGAGCGACUUCUGCUGGAGGAGCAAGAUCAGCAGCAGCAGCAGCAGCAGCAGCACGAAACAUCCCCGAGAUGCUCGACGGUGGUGUGCUGCUACAGCAACAGUUUCCGCUUGGCCAGUAGUCAGAAGAAGCAGCCGGAGCAAAGUCCCGAGCGGACGGUGCCGCAGAGCCGAAACGCCAACCGAUACCAGCGUCAGCAGCGGCGUGAUCGAACGAUCGAGUUUCCUCGCGAUCCGCCUGGAGGACGUGCCGAUGGAGCGGGGAGUGUGCGCCGACGGUUGGAAGCCGAUCUCGAGGGGGCGUACGAUGCCGACGGUUCGACGCUGGUGAUCGCGGAUCGCGCAAACCCCUUCGGCGGAUGCGAAUCAAGUGGCGUCAGCAGUGGCUAUCGGAACGACGAUGGUGGUGAUGAUUUAAAUUUAAAUUCAAGAACCGCACCACGACAAACGCAGCAGCUACACCAAGUGGGGCAGCAGCGGUGGACCCCGGCACAGGGUGGGAAAGAUGCGAACAUAAAUAAUUUCGAGAAAAGGAAAAUAUCAUCCGAUCCGCGCGCCGGCGGAGGACCGGGGAACGCGCCGAGUGCGCGAGGUGGCGAAAGAGGUGGCUUAAGGCAAAAGCAACCAUCCUUCAUCGGAGGCGAUAUUGGUGCUGACGAACUUUCCUCGACGUCGUCGUCGGUGUCGCCACGGUCAGCUUCACCGUCGGUACAGCAGGCACCUGCUCCUGGUUGGUGCGAACCUGUCCCUUCUUCCGGACACCAAGCUCACCCACCCCAAGUGGCAACGCCGUUCGGGCAACGGCGGAGAGUUCUGCAGCCACCGUCCUCGCUGCCGGUCGUGAAAUCGUACAGCUUCCAUCGCGUCGACUCCGUCGGACCAUCGACGCCUCGCUCACCUGGUCAGCUGUUCGAUUCACCUGCGGCCGUCGACUUCGCGGGCAGAAAUCGAUCGUUCCGGGCGGCGAACCACGCGAGGCGACUACAGUACGGCUACGUAGAGGGGGACGCGAGCGGCACCGAGCGGCAGAACGGACAGGGCGGGGGCGAAGGGUACCAACAGCCGUACCAUCAUCCGCACGUAACGCGCAAAUCAUCGCUGCCCGUGCUGGGCACGAGUAACGGCCCGGAGUGUGUCCUGACGCCCCGAUCGCACCGCAAGCAUCCCUGCAGCGACGCGAUCAACGAGAUACGGCUGCAGUCGCUGAACAAGUACUGCAACCAGCUGCUGAGUGGCCUCACCGGAUCGCAGCCGAACGUGCGCCCGAUCGAUGAACUGGAGGAUCUCUGUUUCAUUGACUCGUCCGAUCUGUCAUCGACCGGGGACGACACUGCUAGGGACGAUCAGGCGACGUUGGUCCUCUUGGGUCGAGGUGGUCGUGAGUGUAGGACGCAGCCGUCGAUCAUCACCACCACCACCACCACCACCACUAGAUCGGCUGUCGGCGACGAAAUAGCUGUCGGCGAGGGUGGCAGAUUGCCAGCAACGGUAGUGGACAACGGUGGGCAAACAUUAGUGGUCGCUAGUGCUGGUGUUGGUGUCGGUGUGGAUGGUACAAUUGCGAAUCGCAACAAUUACAUCGACUUGUCCUCGGAUGAGCUGGGCAGUGUGCGUGAGGCAACCGAUUCGCGACAACACAACGGCCAUCGGCCGGCAGUGGCUGCUAGGGAUCGAGUGCAGUGCGACCGUAACGACAGUAACGCCAGCGACGACUACCAAGCGGUACGUUACGGUGAGCCACGGCGGGCACUACUAGACGUACUGGCAAUCGACGCAGUCGACAUCGACAACGAACAACGUGCGGCUUCUAGUGUGCCCAGUGCCGGUGAUCGUAGCUACGUAAACCUUCCGGAAAGGCACAGUGAUACCAAUAACAAUAAUCGCCGCAAUCCUAGUGAAGGUGGUGCCGUUGAGCGGCAUCAGCAGCAGCAGCAUCAUCAGCAGCAUCAUCAGCAGCAGCAUCAACAUCAUCAGCAGCUACAGCAGCAGAAAUAUACGACUCGGUCGUCUAAUAAUAGCGCAGUGAAAAGUGUCAGUGUCGGUGGUGUCGGUGGUGGACCCGGUCGACCAGGUGGUGUCGGCGAGCAGACGCUGCCUGGUUGCCCGUCGACGGCGGAUGAGAGCUGCACGUCGCCUUACGCCGCUGGCAAGCCGCUAGUGGUCGGGUACGCUGCCACUGCCGCCUCGCCGGACAGUUCGCCUGCGCAGCACGCCGGGCUCAAUUGCUUUGGAAGAAGCAACACUCUACUCCAUGCUGCGGGCGGUAGCACAACAGCGGACAAGUCGAUAAUGGAAAAGCGCAAUAAUACACUGGACCGCUUGCAAAGGUUAGUGAAGAAAACGACAUCUGGUUCAGCUGAGAAGCAAAACAACAGUGGACCAUCAGGUGGCGGUAAUGCGGGUGCGGGUGGUAGCAAAACUGAACGACUGCGUGAGCUGACGGAGCUUCUCAAAGGAAACCGGGCUCCACCCGUGCCGCCACCCCGUCGCCCCAAACAUGCCCACAGUGUUGAUCGUAGUUUUGAGCGACCGAACGCCGCCAUCUCCACGACCAGCCUGAUCAACAUCGAUGCCGCUCUACACGGCUCGGACCGGGACGCCGAUCUGUUGCUUAAGCCGAAGGAGUCCCGCUCGGUCGACAUACCGUACCGUUUUGCGGACUCGGGUAGUUCGGGGCAACGCAUGUCGACUCCGAGCUCUCCACUGGUGGAGCACAAACCGGUGAACCUACGGGCGAAUGUAAGCACAUCCAAUCUGGAAGGAUUGCAGGUAGUACCGAAGACCGUUGGGGAUGAGUGCCGCUCGGAGACGGCCCUCAAGGACGACGAAGAGUUGUUCACGAAGCUGUCACGGCCUGAGUCGCGUACAAUCGUCGGCUCGUACACGCAGAAGACUAUCCCGUUCCGCAGUGCGUCCUUUUCUCAGGUAGACUACUCGUCCGGAAAGUACAUCCGGUCUGCGCUGGGAGCCCUGAAGAGUAGCCUGAUGAAGGGUAAGGAGCAAUCGAGCGUGGACAGCAGCACGAUACCUCGACAGAGUCAGGGUGGCAACAAGGUGGAAACGGCGCGCAGCUGUAGUCCUACGGAAUUAUGUGGAGGAGCAACUGUCGCUCCCGCGGAUGACACGGACGUUGCAAAGUUGACCAUCAAAAAGACGGAACUAAGUAUAAACUUGGCGCCCUUGGAUGACUAUGGGCGAUUCUUUGACGAGCGGAUGGAGGGGAAAGAUCUCGCGUCGAACCGAAAUUCGGAUAUUGAGACCAUCGUGGAAGACCCGGUGGCGGAGCACAUCGAGAACGUGGAGAAUGCGGGUCAGCUGCAGGCCAGCAUCAGUGUCCUGGAAGCGUCCGAGAUGGUGCUGGAAUCGCCAGUCGAGGAAGGCAUCCCGAUCACGCCGUGCGCGCUCGCUAAAGAUGAUGAGUGUCUUCAGCAGGCAACCACCUGCUUGAUACCGGUUCCGGUGUAUGAUUGCGUGGUGAGCGAGUGGAGUACAGCGCGACCCUCGGAGCAGUGGAUCGAUGCAUCCAUGACGGAGUACGGUCGGUACUCGGACGCACUGGAUAGCAUUAAAGAGGUGAAUGAGGGUGCCAUCGGGGAUAUUACGAGCGCACUGUCAGCAGAGCCAAUGCUCGAGCUAGAGGACUCCGUCCGGAGCUUCCACCCAGAGCAGAUCGUAGUCGAGCAGCCGCCGCAAGUGAUCGAGCCGCAAGUUAGUGUGGAAAUGUCCGAAGAUGGUGGUGACGGUGAUGAUCAAGAUGUAAUGCUUCGUACCCCGCCAGUGUCUAUCAUCUGUACCGAGCCGGAAAGCAACGAGUUUACGACGAUCGUAGACGGUUCGGCUACGCACAAAGUAUCGGUGGUGUUAGGUGACGGACAGGACGUAGAGGUUGUUGAGGUUCGCAAGCGUCACAGUAACAACGAGGACGCCGGAGACCCUCAGAGCAGCCGACUGUCGAACGAUGUGGACGAGAAGCGGCGCCUUGAGAGUCGAAAGUCACGUCGGAAAGGUAUCUACAUCCAAUGGCCCGCGAUCGACGGGAACAACGAGCUCGAGUCGGACAACAACGACGGCGGUGGUGCGUCGACGGCUGGGGUCGAUGGUGAGGGCAGUGUCAGUUGGAACCCCGACAGUCUUGGACAGGCGAUCGAGAAGGACUCCAGCCUUGAUCUAAGCGGCGAAAGCUUUACCGAUCUAAGCGGAAAGGAACCGGUAGAUCGGGAACACACUGUCCACUCACCCGACCGAUACCUCGAUCCGACAACGCCCGACUCGGACCCGGGCAAGCCAGUGUGGCCGAAAAGUACCCGCCGGCAGAGCCUUACCUAUCUGAGCUCGGAUGAAAAGGACGACCAACUACCAGCACCGACCCUUCCGGUGCGUUCAUUGAAGACGCUGUUCCUGCGAUCGGAUUCGGUGUCGGACAACGAGAGCGAUCGGGCAUCAUCUCGAGAUCGAACCAGCGCUUCACCUGCACCCGGAGGUGCCGAUGCUGACCUGAAGCGCUACUCAAAGAGGCCACUACGUGGUCCAUACGGUCAGAUGCUGGAGGCGGAGAUGAAGAAACCGACCACGAAGGUCCAGUACAAUGAAAUUCUCGAAGAACUCACACGCAAUGAAGGACACGCAGUAGGAGCGGUGAUGUCAAGGCACCGAGGCGCCGGCAGUCAGUCGAUGGACGAAACGAACGAUCGGCACUCGGGAAAGACUUGCAAACCACGGAAAACCAGCGCGAACCUUCCAGUCCCCACGCACGUGCGCACCUCCUCCAGUCCCUCGAAGCUGUCCGAUUCAUCUGUCAGUCCUUCCAAGCGGUACCUCGGUAACAUCGAGCAGCGCAGUACGGACUCGGAAAAGUCGGAUCGGUCGGGUACCGCUGGAGCCGUGGGGAAGCUGGAGAACAAGAAGCUAUCCCUUGACAGUCACCUACCGGACCGGUCGGUGAAACGGGGUGGCUCGGAUGGUCACGAGAAGUCUAGCAAGCGCAGCGUCUCCAGCGCUAGCGACAAGCAGCAGAAGCGAAGCCUGGACGAGGUACGUUUGUCGCAAAACAGUCGAACGCCGUCGGAACGUAGCUUCACUCUGAACACGCCGGAAACACCGAAAGGAGGUCUGUCAGCCUCUCCGGAGUUGCUGGCGGAGCUGCUGAAGGGCUCGAGCGAGAAGCUCAUCACCGAGCAGCUGACGACGGGAGGUGGCAACGGCGGGGUGAAUGCGAGCAAUGCACUCCCGUCUGCCGUGCUGAAUUGUUUGGAUACACGAACACACGUGGUUGUUGAGUUGUUUAACACCGAAAAGUCGUACGUUGAAUCUCUGCAGACGAUUGUGCUGAAAUAUCUAAAUCAACUGAAGUCACCGGAAAAUUCAGGCCUUGUGGACGUGCAGACGGUCGACGAAAUAUUCUUCAUGGUUCCCGCCAUUCUCAAUAUCCACGAGCGGUUUUUGGAGGAACUACGACGUCGCCUGGACUCUUGGGACAAGAUGCAAGUGAUAGGGGACGCGUUCGUUGAUGUUUUCUCCCGACCGACAAUACUCGACACGUACACAUCGUUCGUCAACAACUGGAAUCGAGCGAAGGACGCCAUCCGGAGUGCGAGGCAAAAGUGUCCCGCGUUUGCCAGGUUCCUGGAGGCCAUGGCGCGCGAACACAAGGGCAAACUGUCGCUAGACAAUCUGCUGAUAAAACCCGUACAAAAGUUUCCAAACUACGAACUUAUAUUCACAAGACUGAUCAAGCACACCGAUGUGGCGCACCCCGACCAAAAGCCGCUGCAGGAAGCUUUAAAACUAGUGCACGAUAUUCUAAUAUUUCUCAACUGCAAGGAGAAGGAAGCCCUGGAGAACGGGCAGCGCGAGACGGCCCUGCGGGAGCUGGAGGGCGUGAUCGAGGGUAUGAACGACCUGGUGACGCCCGAGCGUGCCUUCCUGCUGUUCGACCUGGUGUCGAUGCCGUCGGGGCAGGUGACGCGCAAGGAGCGUGGGUUCUUCCUCUUCAACGACCUGCUAGUGAUAACCAGCAUCAAGCGAAGGAGCGGCACAAUCCGAAAAACGAACAUGACUUGUCCGGGCAGCGUAGCAUCGACACUCGAUACGAACAAGUACAAGUAUCUGACGAAGAUCUCUUUGGAUGAUUUGGAGAUUGUAAAAUCUAAAGAUGAAAACGUUAGACGAAUCAUGAAGGAGAUCGAACAUCUGACCGAGGACAGUGGCAAGCUGAUACAGAUAUCCGACCUCACCGCCAGUCUCCGGUGUCCCCAUGCAUCCCUGGAGGAAGCGAUUCGGGAGCUGCAGCGGGACAUUCAACGUCAGCUGGCCGAGCGCCAAACGAACGAUGCUCAGCUGAACGUUCUCGAGCUAACGUGGAACACUUCAAGCGGCAUCCAGAACAUGACGGUAGUGUUUUCGAAGCCGGAAAAGCGUACCCAGUGGGAGGAAUUUUUCGCGGAGGCAAAGCAGAAGCUUGCCAACAGCCUGGAGCGUAGUCAGAUACCGGAGUUCUUCGUAUCGGUCCCAAUCCGGAAGACGAGGGCCGGCCUUCAGUUUACCUGUGCCUCGCCAACGCUCGGCUCGCAGAAGGACGUGUGGGUAUGCAACAGCGAUGGGUACGUCGGACAGGUGUGCGUGUUGAGCCUGGUACCGGAACCGUCGGUGACGAGCUGCAAUGGAGUGUGCAACGCACGGAUACUCUGCGUGGCGUCCGUUCCGGCAAGUGAAGAACGGCCAACCAGUUCAGCGCUUGUGAAUGUGAAUAUAUCAAUCAUAGACGCGUCCAGUGGGGGUGGGCUGCCCAAACCAUGUAAUUCCGUAGUCAAUUCUCCUUGCAAAAGUUCCGAUCGCAAGGGAUCGUUCAAGUCCACCGACGGGGCCAGUGGGCGCCAAGGCAUCAACAGUGAAUCGAACGUUCAGCUUGAUUCGGGCAGUUCCAGUGAUGAUUCCGAGGCAGAGAGUCAACCGGAACGGGGUGCCCCAAGUCCUUCGGGCUCGUCGUUGACUCCGAACCAUCGGCAGCAGGACUCCAGUACCAGUACCGUCGCGGAUGGAGAACCCGAUAACCAACAGUCGACCAUGUGGCUCGGUACGGAGGAUGGAUGCAUACACGUGUACAACUGUACGGACAAUAUUCGGAUCAAGAAGAACAAGAUCAAAAUACCGCACGUGAGUGCGGUGUACUCGAUACUGUAUCUGGACAAUCGCGUGUUCGUCUCGCUGGCGAACGGCGAUAUUUGUGUGUAUUCCCGGGACAGAGGUGGUUGGAACGUGUCCUCCCCAUUAACGGUGACGGUGGGUACCGUAAGCAAUCCGGUGGUCAAGCUCCUUAACGUGCACGGGAAGCUGUGGUGUGCGAUACAGGGUUCGAUAAAAGUAUUAAACACGAAAAGCCUACAGAUCGAUAGUCAAAUUCAAAUCUCCGACGACUCGAAGCCUAUCACAAACAUGACAGUAUUAAACGACUACGUCUGGAUAUCGGUGCAGAACUCUGCCCACAUCAAAUGUUGCCAUCACGAAAGCUUUGAAGUUAUCUUCGAGGUGAACUUAGCUCCGUCGGUCAACAAAAUGCUAUCGAACUGUGAUGACAUCAUCCGACAGCACAAGGCGGCCUGUUUGCGUGUGACGUCUCUGCUCGCCUGCAAGGAUCUCAUCUGGGUCGGUACGAGCGCAGGUGUGCUGCUUACCAUCGCUGCCCAUAGUGUUGCCAAGGGAUCCUCGCUGCCGAUUGUGACCGGUAUACCACAUGGUCACACUGGCCACGUGCGGUUUCUCACGUACGUCGAGUCACCGGACGGGGAGGAACCGGAUCGGGACGGACCAUCGUCGACUCAAGCGGGAGGAAAAUCCAAACCACCUUCUCAGGAGCUGCUGGUAAUAUCCGGUGGCGACGGGUACGAGGACUUCCGGAGUGCAGGAAAUAACACCAUGAGCGAGGUGGCUGGCCGCGAGGACAGCACGAACCACCUGCUACUCUGGAAGGUGUAAUGGAAGGAGUUGGAUGCCUCGUGCCGUGCUUGGUACUGUGCGGUUCCAGUGUCUACGUAGGCUAAACACACGAACCGGCUCAA